AGCCAUAGUUUCAUCACACCAUCAUCGUCAAACUGCCCACUGAGGAGGUGAGCGCGCUGAAAGGUCAAACAAUGCUUAUCUCAAUCAGUUCAUUCAAGCUGAUUCUUAUUCUCUUCUUAACAACGGUAGCCAAUGGUGGGAACUCAACGUCAAUUAAGAGUGAAUUCAAUCGGCCCAACAAUCGCGAUGGCGCUGGCGAAAAUUUUGGCGUCAAUUUUCGAGACGAAAAUUCUCGCGAGAAUUUCGGCGAAAAAUUUGCUAGCGACGAUGAUUUGAAAAUUGCAUCCAACUAUUAUGAGGGUGAUGACGACAGGUUUAAAUUGUUUCUCAGCGAAAAUAAAAUAGUCCGUUUUGAUAACGAUGAUGAAUAUGACAGGAAAAGUAGUGAUAAUGAUUAUGAUCACAGCACUGAUGAUGAUGACGAUGUCGUUGGUACGCAACCGCGCCACACGAAUUUCGACAAAAAGUGGCGCGACCUGCUGUCGCCACUCCAUCAGAAGCCGCUACUUAAACGUCCUCAACAGCAGCAGCAGCACGACAUUGUGGCGAAAAAUUCCCAUAAACUCAUUUUGAGCAAAAGGUUUUACAAUCCCAAAAGUCGAUUGGAUCUGAACGAAGCAGACAUGUGUCUUAAAUGGCUGUGGGUGACUCGAAUUAACUCACGAAUGUUUCCACCGAUUUCUUCAGAUAAAAAGAUUUCAAGAUUGUACCAACUGUAA